ACAAUUUGCCGACUAAAGAUGCCGAAAUCCCGUCAAAAUCCCGCGAGAUUUUUUGUCUGAACAUUCUCGCGACAAUAACAGAGAGAGAGACUGUGCAGGAAAUAUGGCGGACAGGCUAACGCAGCUCCAAGACGCUGUCAAUUCGCUUGCAGAUCAGUUUUGUAACGCCAUCGGCGUCCUGCAGCAGUGUGCGCCUCCGGCCUCCUUCAGCAACAUCCAGACAGCGAUCAACAAAGAUCAGCCCGCAAACCCAACCGAGGAAUAUGCCCAACUAUUUGCAGCCCUGAUCGCCAGAACAGCCAAAGAUGUGGAUGUACUAAUCGACUCCCUGCCCAGCGAGGAGUCCACGGCAGUUCUGCAGGCGGCCAGUCUGCGGCAGCUGGAGGAGGAGAACCACGACGCCGCAGCUCGCCUGGAGGAGGUGGUUUAUCGCGGUGACGUGCUGCUCGAGAAGAUCCAGAGCGCCCUGGCUGACAUCGCCCAGUCUCAGCUCCGCACACGCAACGGAGCGCCAAGCCAGCCCUCGCCGACAGAGUCCUGACCCGCGGCGCACACCGUGAAGUCCUGGACAAUUCUCCAUUCAUUGACUCUUCAUUUUCACCCUCAGACAUCAGCUGAUCGCCUCAAAACAGUCAGAGUGUGUCUGUAGAGGAAAUGCAAAUGACAUGUCAUUUGGUUGCUUAGCAACGCUAUAUUCAAAUGGUAAAGGUGGGUCUUCACGGACGCACUGUUUUCAAAAAGGACUUUUCGCUUCACAUGAUACGAUAUCUGUUGUCUCCAAAAGAUUGGUCUGAAUGUGUGAAUUGUCACCACUUUUUUUUAUUUUUAUUUUAUGUGGAUCAAGUCUGUUUUUUUGGGGGGGGUUUGUAGAUAUUUAUGAAUGUGAAAUGAUUUAAAUUCUCGUUGUGGAGUAUCUCCAGUGAAAAAGCUCUAGAUCUUUAGAAGCUUUAGACCAGUUAACAAACCCACUCCGCUCACUGUAACUGACACUUUGGUUUAAUUUUAAAAAAAAUAAAGUUUGAUACACUUUGGAGAUCAAA